AGAGAGAGAGAGAGAGAGAGAGAGAGAGAGAGAGAGAGAGAGAGAGAGAGAGAGAGAGAGAGAGAGAGAGAGAGAGAGAGAGAGCUUGUAUCUAAAUACAGCAAAGAGGAGCUGGGUUUAGAAAGACAGCUUUCCUUUUACCUCCAGUCCUGCCAGCUCUUCGCUCAUAGUAGCUAUAAUUUUAGAAGCAGGGCCUUGCUUUUGUGGAUAUUGAGGAGUUAAUCAAGACCUUGUCUUCAGUUUCCUAAUUUCUUGAAUGCUCUCCUGAUUUGCUGUGCCUCAUUUCCAUUUCUCUCGCUCUCUCAAGACCAGGGCAUCAUCUCGUCUAACUGUCUUCAGCCAGCAACAACAGCGAUGGAUGGAACUAGGCUACCUCCGGUGAUGGAAGAGGUCGGGGAACCUGCAGAGGAGUCUUAUAAUGAGAGGCUAGAGAAGCCUGAGGUGGAGGAGCUGACUGCUGUGGAAACAAAGGUGGAGGUAGAGGAGCAAAAGACUGGGGGACAGGAAAGUGAGGAGCUGAUGUCAGAUGAACAGGAGCUUGAGGAGUUGAGGUCCCAGGUCAUACAGCUGCUCAUCGAGCUGGAGGAGACACGGGAACUCUCCCAGAGACACGAGGAGGGCUUCCUGGAGUUACAAGGUCUGUUAGAGGAUGAGCGCAUGGCAAGUGCCCACCAGGCUGAGACCUUCACUAAGCAGAUACAGAGAUUACAAGCCCAGCUGCGGUCAGUGCAGGAAGAGAUAGACAGCCUGGAAGAGGAGAAGGAGAGCGAGCUGUCCGAGGCACAGGAGGAGCUGCGGGUGGCGCAGGAGGAGGUGCUGGUGCUGCAGCAGGCAGCAGAGGAGGCGGCGGCAGAGCGGGAGAACGACAUCGCCAGCCUGCAGGAGGAGCUGUGCCGCCUACGCGCUGAGCUGCAGAGACUGCACGCCACCAGGCAGGAGUACGAGCUGGAGAUCACCAGCCUGCGGGCUGAGAUCCGCAUGAAGAGUCAGGGCAGCGCCCACGACAGAGAGGAGGGGGAGCCGCUGCAAGGUGAAGUGCGGAUGCUGCGGGAUGAGUGUUGGAGCCUGAAGGAAGAGUCUCAGUCUUUGAAGGAGGACAACAAACAGCUUCUGAGGAAACUGCAGCACCUGUCACAAAACAGGGAGAGCACUAAUGACCUGUAUCUAGCACUAAAAGAAGGCACUCUGAGCAGUGAAGGUGAAAAGUCUUCCACUGGAAAGAAAAAUUUAAGUGGUGGAACAGAAGAAGAGGGGUAUGAGGUCGGCAGGGCCGGGAGUUACAUGACUUUAGCAGAGUCGACCUCAAACUGUAGGCUAGUAGAUGCAUCUGUUCAGAAGAAUAUAUCGUUUGAUGGAAAACCAAUGACACCAACAGGUGGCUUAAAUGGGGGAAGUUUCUCAUCAGGCUUUUCAGAAGUAGCCUCUCUUCGACAACAACUGAAGCAAGCUGAAGAGAAAGCUCUUUGUGUGCAGCAUGAGUGUGCAGGGCUGAUGGCUGAACUGAGGGAGCUGCAGGGCCGUUACAGCACCAGCCAGAAGGAAAGGGCUGAGCUGGAGAGGGAGCUUCAGAAGUGCCGGGAGGAGAUGCAGCAACUCACAGGGAAGAAUGCUAAGAACUCUCCUACCCCUGAGCCACCUGUUCUGUCCAUCCCACUAAUAGGAAUGAUUGUUAUAGUGGCCCUACUUUGGUGCUGGUGGGCGGAGUCUUCAUUCUAGAGGUGACAAGGGGCCUACGGGAGGCUGGAGCCCACUGAUGGUGGUGGCUGUAGCUACAGCUGUUGUCCUGAUCUUCCCAAGCUUGACCAGGGCACUCUCCUGAGGAUCUCACUGGGGUCUCCCAGCAGCACUCCACUUCCAAGGGCAACACUCCCUCACAUCAACGCUUCUGUCUGCCGCUUCACUGCUCGGCUUUGCGCCCAAGAUAUUAUUUGGGUUUGACGACAUCUCUGCCUGACAACUAGUCAACAGUCAGUGGAUUUGUCAUUUCCCCACCUGUUGCUUGAGCUCCUAUUCCUUGGACGACCAUUUAAGAAACUGUAGAAUACCUUUUGGAUGCAUACUCAUACAUUAUUUCAAGAAAGAUGAAAAGCCAGAAGGGGAAGCAAUAUGCCAACAGUGCAGUUUUUAAAUCCCUCUGUUUAUUCUUUAUUGUUAAUUUAGUGCUUGGCCCUUCAGUGUGGAUCAGAAUUAAUUUCCAAAUGCCUUGUUUAGAGUCACCUCAGCAUUAUAAAUAUAUGGGUCUGUUUAUAAGAUCUUAAACAUAGUGUGUUAUUGUAAGAGGCCAGGUGGCAUUUUGGGACUGCAAAUCUCACAUGCCACUUCAUUCGAAUAUGCUACAGAAUUUUUUUUUUAUGUAUUUAUUUAUUUGGAACAAUGUAAAGGGUCAUUCUGCCUUACAGAUUGAUGUGUUAGCUUUUAACGACCAACAUGCAAAGAAAGAAGCACUUGAAAUUGCUGGUUAAACAUGACCUGCAGUCCAAGCAAUCCUGAAAGAAACCUAGCUGCAAAAUCAAAGGAAAACUUACUUCAGAGAAUAACAAAUCCGAAAAUACAAACAAAUUGACAUCUAUUUUAGGAAAACACUGUUUCCUUACAAUGCGUCAUUCAAAUAUCCUUUCUUGAUUUACCCAAAAGCAUGUUUUCCUUUAAUAGCUGUAAACCUUUUUGCUUGUCCAUCUGUGUGUUCUAUCUGAUGUAAAGACUUACCUAUCAGAUACUCACACUACCAUUGGUUUUUUGGACCACCGCUAAAUGAAAUACCUUUUCCAUGCACUAAGCAGUUGCAUGCAUUUCACUGCUGAGGAUCUACAAACACAAGGAAUAAUCCUUCUUAAAUGUUUAAUUACGGCCUUGUUUUUCUCUACCCUUUUCACAAACCUUUCCUUCAACAUUCUUGACUAUUGCAAAUAACUCCUUCACUCCAUUGGAGGUAAUGCCAAGUCUGAAAAAAUAUUCCUGUGGUUGUUGACUGAAACCUAAUCAGAACACUUAAAGCUUCACUGAUCCUUGAACUGAAAUGUCACACAUUUCUGGUCGUCUGUAUUCUGUGGUUGCAGUUUUCCAAUGUGUGGUUCUAUACAUUUCAAGACAGAGGUCCAGGGGUUUCUUUCUCUCGUCAAGCCCCCUCUUUCUUUCAGGCCCUGGGCAAUCGAUGUUUUAUGAAUACUAUACAGGAGAUACUCCCAGGUCUGUAUUUUUUAUAAAAUAGUGGUCUUACAGGGAUAGUAAAGCUUUAUCCCGUAUCUAUGGUACACUACAGUAACGUUUCACUACACAAUAUUUCUGCACCACUUUUGCAACAAUUAACUUACUAGCCUGUGUAACUUUUGAAUUGAAGCAAAUGAAAGUAUUAAUUUACAUGAGCAUAUUAGUUUUCAGCAUUUUGCAAUCAUGGUAUUUUUUUUUUUUUACCCGUCUUGUACUAGGAAGUCACUUGAGAUUAAUAAUCUAGUUUGGACUUACUCCUGCCACAACUUGCAAGAGACACUAUGGACCAAAAAAAUAUAUAUUUAAACAGCUAUUUCGGUCACACUUUAUUUUAAAGGCCUCUAUUUUUAGUUUAUUAACUGUUAACAAACAUUGUUCAUUUUGAGCUAAGGGUAACACAUUAAGAUCUUUAUAAAGUAAUUUAAUGGGCAGUGUUUUGUGAUGCACUGCCAUUACAGAUUCUGUCCCCAGUUGAUGUGAUGAGGUUAAAAGCUCUAUAACCACGAAUGCAGAUGUGCCCGGCUCUUUCGCAUUGUGGUUAAGACACCUGCUAAUGAAAACCUGAUUUAAUUUGUUAAACAUUACUACAGGAACAAUUUGAACCAAAAGAGUGCAAAGAAGAGUGACCAGAAGUAUCCCGGGUUUAAAAGGCAUGUCAUAUGCAGACAGGCUAAAAUAAUUAAAUCUAUUCAGUCUUGAACAAAGAAGACUAUGCAGCGAUCUGAUUCAAGCAUUCAAAAUUCUAAAAGGUAUUGACAAUGUUAACCCAAGGGACUUUUCUGACCUGAAAAAAGAAACAAGGACCAGGGGUCACAAAUGGAGAUUAGAUAAAGGGGCAUUCAGAACAAAAAAUAGGAGGCACUUUAUUUUUACACACAGAAUUGUGGGAGUCUGGAACCAACUCCCCAGUAAUGUUGUUGAAGCUGACACCUUGGAAUCCUUCAAGAAUCUGCUUGAUGAGAUUCUGGAAUUAAUAAGCUACUAACAAGCAAACAAGCAAGAUGAGCUGAAUGGUAAUAUAAAAUGAUAAGGAUCAAAGAAAGUACGAUCACAUUACUUUCUAUUUUUUUGAUUUGCUCAUUAACUCGUACGGCAUACUCUUAAUGUCUGUUGUUUUACAUUGACCAGGUCACAGACUUUAUGUAUUUGUUUGACAACUACAGUUGUAUCAUUUUGCAUUGACUAAAUAGGUGUGUAACAAGUAUUGGAAAAGAGACAACACUGAAGUGAAAUAAACAAACACAGUAUUGUAUUCAUACCCCUGCACAUGGGAAUUCUAAUAUAGCUGCACUACUAAUUUAAACUGGUUGUGUUAGUUCUUCAGUCAGUAGGCAUCUUUGAAAUAGCCAUGUGCCAUAUGGUACAACAAAAAAAAAGAUCAAAAUCAUGUCUCUAAAGUAUCAUAUGUAUACAUUCUCAAAACGGUAUUGUUUAAUCUAAAAGAUAUUAACCACUACACAGUUUCACCUCUACAGGGAUGGUGGGAUUGUACUGUAGAUGACAGAUGGAACUAGUGACUUCUUUUUACUGUCCCCUACACCCUUGUUGAAUGCAUUUUGUGGAAUACACUACCAUGUUUAUACCCUCAUAAUGGCUUUUAUAAUGAUACCCACAUUCCUAGGGCAAAAUUGAAACUUGUACAGUUUUCAUGUUCUUGGUAAACUUGAGUGAUAAUACCCAAGCAAAUCAGUGAAUUCUAGAACACCAUUUUAUUGUUAUAUGUUGGCUAAUAACUUUAUAUUUCACAGGCAGGAGCUAGGGCUGCGUGAAGAAUAUGUGUUAGUAUUUAGAGGCUUAGCCUCGAGGGAUUGAUGAUGGCCUGCGGGCUAGGGGUGCUUGAGAUGAUGGCCUGCGGGCCAGGAUUGCUUGUUUUGAACUGUUAGUGGCCUGCAGGCCAGGGCAAAGGACGGGGUCCAGACUUCAUACCGCAAAAACCUCAUACUGCUGAGGUCGACCCCAUGGGCCCCCGGGACCCCCUGAAAACAUAGAAAUCCUCUGACUCUGCGGAGAAUCCUGGAGGCACUGCCUCGUGGACCGGGUCAUGCCCUCAGAGGACGAAAGGUUCAUAACCUAGAAAGAAGGAAGAGAAGAGAAUCCCUGUCUCCAGGAGCUGUCCUCAGAGAGGUGAGGCAAAUCCUCCAAGGCCAGGCACUGGAGUGCGCCCGCAGGGGUAUCUGAAAGAUAGAGUUUUGUUAGUAUUUGGUUUUAGUAUUUAAGAAUUGUAGAAGACCACCGUGUGGCCAGUGGUCCCCUGUGACUCGCUGUGGCGAGGACCCCCCUUUUUAACGAAGACAUGAGUAGCUGCGGCUGACUCGAGGCCGGGGAAGUGAGAUUCACUAUCCCCCCGUAGAGGAGACCGGCGCAGAGGCAACGCGGCAACUGAAAUAUAGAGGAGGAUGAGGGAGGAGGAGGAAAAAGCAAAACGCAAGAGAAGGAACAUAGAUUGUGACAUGGCUUAAUUAGGCAGAUAGCUUUGAUAGGCAGGAGAAGAUAGGAGGAGAGCAGCUCCAGCUCCAUCCCCCGAACUCCACUUUAAAGUUAACAUUUAAAAACGGGUCUAAUGAGAUUGCUUAGUGGGCAAUCUUCUCAUUAGUUACAAAAGUGAAGAAUUGAUUUUUCUUGUUUUUUUCAGGAUCAGAGUAUGCUCUCAAACUUAUGAGAGUCAAGUAGAUAAAUUGUAAACUUACAAUUUCACUGAUAGCCCUGUAGGAAUCUUUUUUCCCUCUAGGUUACACAUGAGGUAGUAAUGGGUUGUGGUUCAGCAUUUAGUACUGUUGUAAAUGGGAAAUGUUACACCCUAAUGCCACCAACCCUUCUAUCCGAGCACUAAAUUCAAUACCAAAGUAAACAAUUCGUUUUUUCUCUUGUGGUCCUAAUUUUAUCUCUGAAUCAGCUAUGGGGUUUACUGACAAAACCUUAACACAGAAAAAAUCUGUUUUAAUAUAUGUAACAAAGUUUCCAUUAUUGCAACCAUUUGGUGUUAUACUCAAAACAGACUUUUAAAAAAAGUAUCAGUUAAAGCUUUGUGAAAACAGAAUAACAGUUAUCUAAAGCAAUAUUUUUUUGUUUUAAAACUGUUUGACACUAUAGUAUCUCAUACCUAGAGAGAAAGAUUUUAGGGGAGUGCCAAAAACCCAUUGCUGCCUUGUUUUAAAUUAUACUUAUAUGUAUGCAUAUGCUAUUUUUAUGAGGCAUGCACAGUUUUCUUUCCCUGUGAUAACAGGCAUGCAAAAGGUUUUCCAUGUUCUGUAAAGCAAUAAUGAAAUCUGUGUCUAAGAAGUGACAAAAUGGUUCAACAGUCUAUACACACAUGGCACUAAGAUAGAUUUACCACAGUCUUUAUUUGAAAAGGAGAAUCAGUCUAGUAACUCAAAAGGUUAAUAAAAUAUGUGCCUAAGUGGUUUGUUAAUAGUUGUGUGCAAACUGUGCUUUGGUGUAAAGACAUGAAGAUAAAAACAUAUAUUACUGUAUAUUGUUUUGGUGAACUCUACUAUCAGAAGUAUCCCAGUGUAAAGCCAUAGGGAUGCUGGGAGUGGUUUUGAAUCUGAACUGGCCUGUGGCCACGGUUACUGUCUGAGAGACAGAGAGAUCAUUCAAUAUCAGCAACAGACAAUCACAGUUAAGUUAAAACGUGUAAAAGCCACCCAGUUAAAUAUAGUUACCUGAAACUCAGGAUGAAUGCACUGCCAAAUCUAAUUUAUCAUAGCAAUAUUAAUUAAUAAUUAAUCAACAGCAUAAAGUUCGUAUUUUUCUUAUUUAGAAAUAUAACCGACAAUUUGACUCGGAAGAAAACAUUUUCUUAUAAAAAGUUUAGUUUUCGUUCUGUAGAAAAUAUUUUUUACACAUUAUUUCAUGUCUAACAUUAGUUGACAUCAGAUAUCAGACAAUUAUACAUUUGUCUCAGCAUUUCAUUAAAAUAAAUAACUAAAAAUAAAUAAAUAUAAACGAUUCAGUCGGUCUAAUGAUUAAAUCAGGAUUUGUUGAGAACUGCAGUAGUUACCCAGAGGAUGAUCACUGCUGUGUUACUUUCUAUUAUCUUUUCAUUUGAUACAACAGGGUGCACUAAAGUCUUUCUUCGCCAUCACCCCGGUGGCUGUGGGCAGUUGACGAAAUGACAUAAAAUUUGAAGCUAAUUCGGCACCUGCCUGCUGCAGCUGGGCACUUCGCCAACUGCCCGGGCAUUACGGCUCGAUUUUGGCAACGGUCCAUAACAUAUAUAUACACGUAUAUCUUAUAUAAACUUUCUUUUAGCCCUGGUAUACACACCCUUCUAAUUAUAUAUAUAUAUAUAUAUAUAUAUAUAUAUAUAUAUAUAUAUAUAUAUAUAUAUAUAAAACUUAUUUAUUUAUAAAGCAUUUGUGAAAAAAUAUAUAAAGUCAUUCAAUAAACUGCCCAAACAAUCUAGCCUAUAGUGUUAGAUUUCAUGGGACUCUUAAUCAAAAAUAUGUAAUCUAGGCUGGGCCCAAAUCAAAACUUUGACAACCCGCUAAUUGCACUUAACAAAACUGUAUUUUAUAGCGUUUUUAUGAGUAGAAGAAAUAAGAUACUUAAAGAAAAAAAUGCUAUUAAAUACAUUUUUGUUUAGCAGGUUGUCAAAGUUUUGAUUUGGUCCCAGCCCUAGUCAGUUUUUUUAUGCUUCGAGACAUAAUUAUGUAUUAUUGCAAACACAAUUUACUAAUUAUCAAUAUAUUGUUAUGAAAAUGACUUCUCAAUAAUAUACAUACUUUUGCACCACAUCCACAAAACCUAAUGCAUGAGUUAUUUAAUAGAUGGAUUAAAUAUGUUAGUAUGCAUUUGUAUUACAGAUGCCAACAGCAGUCUAAACCAACUUCAUGGAGAUUCUUAAAAACUCAAGCAGGUGAUGCAUAAAUACCUUUGACAUUUUCUGAUGAUAUCCCUAGAGGUGUAACAAUUUUUUUUUUUUUUUUACACAUUACCUUUGUAAUAGAGGUGUUUGUUGUGAUAGCACCACGGUACAUAGUUACUUGUAGUCCACUGAAUGAUUUAUACAAUACUUGGCAUGGAUAUACAAUCUCUCUAUCAUUUAAAUGUUGUCCUUUAAUAAAACAGUCCACCAUUCAUGAUCAUUUUAUCUUCUUAUCACAAGAACUACCACUAAAGCUUACUGAAUGUUUAUUUUUAUGUUUUUUUCUUUGUAAGAACAAUUCUUGAACUAACACUUACACUCUAUUUAGGAAAUGUGAACAUUUAUUUAAAAGCUUCACUUUAAAAUAUACAAUAUGUAAUUUUAGUAUGUAUUAAACUAUAUUAAAAUUAUUUUAUGUGCAGUGUUGAUGUACAGUGUAUAAGCUGUGGUGACUGUAUGUGAAAUAGCUGUGCAUCUGGAAUGUAAUGUGUUUUUUAAGAAGUUUGUAAAAAUACUGAUCAAAGUUUUGCUUUUUAGAUGGCUAUGUUGUUUUGAAAAAUUGUGAGUAUUUUGGUAACAAGCGGUAUAUUUUGUAAAGAUCUGAAACAAAUAAAUACAAUCAAAUGAU